AAAGACAAAUUUUCGGGCAACAUUCGUAAAAAAUUAAAACACAAAAAAUCUAUAUAAAUUGAGGUUAUAAAAUUCUAAUAAUUGAGAAGUAUCUACGAGUCUCAAAAAAGCAAAGUAUCUAUUUUAAAACGACUCUAAGUAUCUUAUGGUAAUGGACCGUGUACUAAGAAUAAGUGCAUGAACUCAACCGUUUCACUAUGUUCCAAAGUGGAAUAAAGUCUUUCUCUUUGAGGCAAUUACUGCCCGCAACAAAGCUAUGUGUUAAUUAUAAAAACCCAUUAAUAUGUGCCAGUAUACAGUAUAGUACGAAAUCUGUGGACCCAUCUAAAAAUGUUCUCAAUAACUUAACAGACUGGGAAACAUUAAGCGAAAAGAAAAAAAUCAGCAAGGCUAUGAAGGCUUAUUUAGAAAGAGCCAAAGAACAUGAUGAAUUUAUGAAACAACAGCAAAUUGAAUACAAUAUUGGUAAGCGACACCUUGCAAACAUGAUGGGGGAGGAUCCGGAGACGUUUACUCAAAAAGAUGUCGACCGAGCUAUUGAAUAUUUAUUUCCAAGUGGUAUUUAUGACCCUGCUGCUCGACCACUAAUGAAACCACCAGAAGAAGUGUUUCCUGCUCGUAAAGCCGCUGAAUUUGAUGAAGCUGGCAGGCCUCACCAUUUCUUAUUUUAUACUGGAAAGCCUAAUUUUUUCAAACUUCUACAUGAUGCUGCUGAUAAUUUACAACAACUGUACAAUUUCCAAGAUAAGGUUAUAAGAAAAAAGGCAACACCAGAUCCGAAUGGCAAACUCGAAUUAGGCAGCAGUCUAUGGUUAUCCAAAGAUCAACUAGAACAAGUUCUUGUUGAGAGUAUUUCCGAUUUAGAAUAUGAUAAUUUCAAAGUGGUCAUGGAGAGACUGGCCGCUUUUCCUUAUUCAUAUAGAUACAAAGAUUUUAUUGAAAAGUAUAGGAAACCUCUAGUUUCCCAGAAAUUUGCUUUAGAAAUACCCAAACCUAGUUAUGAUGAUGAAGGUCGAGCUUUUGUUACCACUUAUGAAUGUUUACGCAAAGAUUCAAGGGGAGAUGUCACUAUUCGUUCUCCAGGCACUGGAAAAAUAACAAUAAAUGGCAAGGAUUUGACAUACUUUGAAGAUGUCCAAUCUAGAGAGCAAGUUAUGUUCCCAUUAAUCUUUAGUGGAAUGCAAGAUCGGGUUGAUGUAGAAUGUAAUAUUGAAGGUGGAGGACCAUCUGGCCAGUCUGGAGCUAUAAGAUGGGGCAUUGCCUGGGGAUUACGUAGUUUUGUUGAUAAAGACAUGUUGGAAAAAAUGCAAGUGGCUGGCAUAUUAACCAGAGACCACAGAAGACGUGAACGAAAGAAGCCUGGCCAACCUGGUGCAAGAAAGAAGCCUACCUGGAAGAAGAGAUAAUUUGCAUUGUUUUCAAUAGAAAAUAAAAGAACUAGAUAUGACAAAAUUCUUUUAAUUACAUAAUACUCUCAACUA